AUGACACGCUCCUUUUUAAACAACGCGGUUUUUGUUUAUUCUCUCCUUGCAUUUUAUACAGACCCUGCGCAUUCGUCAUUCCACAACCGUCAUGCUCAUAUGCGACGUAACGGCGCACUGACCAAACGGUCUGGAGUGCCUUCCUAUGAUGGCUGGUCACUUUCAUGGUCGGAUGACUUUACAGGCCCCGCAAACACCCUACCAUCCAGUUCAAAUUGGCUUUGGGAUCUUGGUACUUCCUAUCCGGGAGGACCAUCCAAUUGGGGCACUGGGGAAAUCCAAACAUACGUGAAAUCUACAAGUAACUCUUACCUCGACGGUGAUGGGAAUUUGAAUAUCGUUCCCCUCAAAAGCUCUUCGGGACAAUGGACUUCGGCCCGUAUGGAAUCCGUGGGGACAUACCGGUGCGUUCCUGGCAGAAAACUUCUUAUUGAAGCGAGUAUAAAGUUGCCAAAUACGCCCAAUUUAUCCCAAUGGGGUAUCUGGCCAGCGUUCUGGACCAUGGGGGCGGCUUUUAGAAAAAAUGGUUACACCGGAUGGCCGUAUACUGGAGAGCUAGAUGUUAUGGAGGCUGUGAACGGACAAGGGACCGGGUAUAACACUGUUCAUUGCGGUGUAUACCCUGGCGGUGUGUGUAACGAACCUAAUGGGAUAGGGUUUACUUCGCCAUUUACCAAAGGCGAAUUCCAUACUUUCAGUUUAUUGAUUGAUCGAACUGCUGGCACAUGGCAAAAUGAGUUUAUCAGCUGGCAAAGGGACGGUGUCGAAAAGUUCAGAGUUUGGGGAUCCCGGGUUGGAGAUGAAUAUACAUGGGGCAACUUGACGCAUCUGCCAAUGUUCAUCCUUCUCGACGUCGCAAUUGGAGGGGCUCUGCCCAAUGCAAUCGCUGGGUUCUGGACCCCGACUGAGAAUACGAUUGGAGGACUUGACAGCGCCAUGAUUAUCGAUUAUGUUGCUGUCUAUAACUCUUUGGGUAAUACUACCUCAUUCAGCAUCUCCUCUACCACCACGACUCAAACUUCUACUUCAAGCACAACCAGCAGAGUAACAAGUCAGAGUAGCAGCGUCCCCACGACAACAAGAACAAGCACAUCUGUAGUCAAAACUACCACCAAAACAACUACUACCACUGCGAAAACCACGCCAAAGACAACUGCAAAGACCACCGCAAAGACAACAGCGAAGACAACCGCAAAGACCACUGCUAAGACAACAGCCAAAACCACUGCAAAGACAACGGCCAAAACUAGUGCAAAGACCACUGCAAAGACCACUGCAAAGACAACAGCUAAAACCACUGCGAAAACGACCGCAAAGACCACCGCCAAAACCACUGCCAAAACCACUGCCAAAACCACUGCCAAAACAACUGCCAAAACAACUGCCAAAACAACUGCUAAAACAACCACUAAAACAACUGCUAAAACAACUGCCAAGACUACUGCAAAGGCCGCCGCAAAGACAACACCGAAGACAACUGCUAGAACGACAGCAAAAACGACUACAAGGAAGGCGUGA